AUGAGUUUAAAGAAGCAGCAGUCCCAGUUGAAUCAAUUCACUCGAACGGUGACUUUCUGCAAAGCCAUUCCUGUUGGAACUACGAUUAACGAGCUAAUUCAACGAUUGGAGAACGUCAAGCAAUUGUUCACCGAAUUUAAGCAAAAUCAAGAGCAAGUGGAGGAGAGUUGUGGCGAGGACAACAUUGAUGUUCAAUUUACAAUGAGAGGACAAGUUGAGGAUUAUUUCUUCUACUGUUGUUCGAGGUUCAAUGAAGCUAUAGAUUACCUCAAGGCCAAGAAACAGGAUAAAGACAAAGAACAUGCGAAUAAGAACGCUCCAAGUCAGCAGCAAGAAUUACCACGAAUAGAACUCACGCCGUUUUCUGGUCUAUACGAGGAUUGGACUUCGUUCAAAGAUUUAUAUACAACGCUUAUUCACGACAACAAGAGCAUUGCGAAUGUUCAGAAGCUGCAUUACCUGAAGACGAAUGUAGAGGGCGAUGCAUAUGGUUUACUGAAAUCAAUUAACGUCACUGAAGCUAAUUAUCCGGAUGCGUGGAAGAAGUUAAUGGAUCGAUAUGAACACAAGAGAUACAUCGUCGAUUCGCUACUGAAGAGAUUUUUCGAGCAGCCGGCAGUUACGUGCGAAAAUCAUUCUGAGAUAAAAGCGCUUAUCGAUAAGUCAUCUGAGAUUGUCCAAGGACUUAAAGUACAUGGUUUACCAGUAAAUCAAUGGGAUACGAUUUUAGUCUAUGUUGUCGUGUCCAAAUUAGACGGAGAGACCCACAAGCAUUGGGAGCUACGUCUGAAAAAGGAUGAAUUACCUACAUUUUCGGAUCUGCAGGAAUUUCUCGAAGCUAGGUGGCAGUCGUUGGAAAUGAUCAGCGGUAGCAAUGUGCCGAGUAGCCAACCGAAGAGCAGUAUAGCUACGAUCAAGCCGAAUCAAUCAGGUGGACUUAAGAGAUCCAAUUCGAACGUUCAAAAUCAACCCAAUGGAUGCGCUUGCUGUUCGAGUGUAGACCACACGAUAGGUUCGUGCCCUAGAUAUGUGAAAUUGGAUUUAGAAAGUCGGUUGCAAUUCAUCAAGUCAAAGAAUCUUUGCUUCAAUUGUCUCAGAGUUGGUCACUCAUUGAAGAACUGCAAGAGUAGGAGCACAUGUCAGCAGUGUCAUAAAAAUCAUCAUACCAGCAUCCACAACGAUAAGAGGGUUAGUGUGAUGACGAGCGAAAGAGCGUUAAAGUUGGACGAAACAUCUGAUAUACCGAGACCCAGGAAAUUAGUUUUGUUGGCCACUGCGGUUGUUCAUAUUUUCGACAAAUUUGGCGAAGUCACAGCUGUGAAAACCCUUAUUGAUCAAGGAUCUGAGAACGCAAUUAUCAAGUCGGGACUAGCGAAACGACUGGGUUUCGAACGUUCCACAUAUUUUUCAAGUGUUAAGGGUAUCGGAGAUAUUCCUGUGGAAUCAGAACCUGUUUUGUUCACGUUUAGAAUUGGUUCUUGUGUUAUUCCAUCGUUUACCAUGGAAGUGGAAGCCAUUAGCAUGGAAAAGAUUACAGGAGAUAUACCACUGGUUCCAAUAGAAAAACGUCCGUGGCCGCAUUUGGAAGGAUUAAGAUUAGCAGACAGAAAUUUUGAUUGUCCAUCGAAUGUUGAGUUACUUCUAGGCGCUGAGGCGUAUGAGAACAUCGUCUUGAAUGGAUUGAUCAAGAAAGCCGACAAUUCACCGACAGCGCAAAAUUCCCAAUUGGGAUGGCUACUAUUUGGAGCCGUUAAGAGCAAGAAUGACGUCGUAGCAAGAUCCAAUAAUUCUUGUUUGUCUCGAGCAGAUGUUUACAGUAAAUUGGACGAAACGCUUCGAUUGUUUUGGGAAAUUGAGGAUAUUCCGGUGGAGAGAAAAUUGUCUUCUAAAGAGAAACAAGCGGAAUCCAUUUUCACGAAAACUGUUUCGAGAACAAAGGAAGGGAGAUACCGAGUAUUUCUACCGUUUGAUCCAGCUAAGGAGCAUCGAAUGUUAGGUGAUUCAAGGUCAACAGCUGUUUCAUGUUUGUUUCAGCUGGAAAAAAGAUUUGUUCGGAAUCGGCUGCUCAAGGAUCGGUACGUAGAAUACAUGCGAAAUUUGAUUAGUGCAGGUCACAUCGAAUUAGUCCCGAAAGAACGAAUGAAUUUACCAUCAAGUGAAGUCUUUUACCUUCCUCAUCACGCUGUUUUGAAGGAAUCGAGCACCACAACGAAACUAAGAGUAGUUUUCGAUGCAUCACGCAAGUCAUCGAAAGGGUGA